AUGAGCAAAAUUCCAAUUCCAUCUUCACAACAGAAAAAAACAGGCAUGGCUAUAAUUAACAAUGGGCAAGGGUUUAAACGUCCAGGUUUAUCUGAUCUUAGAAAUGAUAAUGGCGGAUUUAAACCACCGAGUAUUAAAGAUAUGAAAGAGCCUGAUGCAAAUGAGUUUAAACCACCUUCUGUCAGGAAUCUAAGAGAAGAUGAUGGACCCAAGUUUACACCUCCAAGUAUUCAAGCAAUGAAAAGUGAUUUCAAGCCUCCAAGCAUGAAAGAUUUGAAAGGUCCUGCAGAAAUUGAAUUUCCUGAUGUUCCAGAUAAUGAUUACUCUGAUGAUGACGAAGGUGAACCAGAAAAUCUUGAAGAAAGUCAACAUGUCCAAUUCAUUCUUGAGCAAACGAAAGAAGAAAUACCUAAACCAGCAGAACCAAGCUAUACGCCAUAUACAGUUGAUGAUUACAAGAGUAUGCAAAAAGCUGAUGAGGCUUUGAACGAUUUACACAGUCUUGGCCCGUCUCAUGAUGAGGAAUGGGAACACAAGAAAGAAAUGCGUGCAAAAAUUAUGCAAUUUGCAAAAAGAACAGCGAAUGAAAAUAAAGCAACAAUACCGAAGAAGAAAGUUAAAGAAGUCGUUAAAAAGGAGUCUAAGUUAGAUAAAAUGAAAAAAUACGCAGCAUCUGUACCCAAACCUAAACCAGCAAGCGAAAAUCAUAACCAAGAGCAGCAUUCUAAACCAAAGAAGAAAGCUGAACCAGCAGUUGCCAAAUACGAUAUUGAAGGUGCACUUGCAAGACAUGCACAUUUCCAAAAUCGUGUUAAUACUCUAAUUACCCAAAUUGCAAACUAUCUUGAAUAA